UUAUGUUCAAGCUGGAACAGUGAUGAAUAACUAUGCACACAUUUUUGAGCUGCUCAUACGCCUACGGCAGGCAGUUCUUCAUCCUUACCUUGUGGUAUACUCGAGUACUGCUUUGGCAAAAAAUGGGAGCAUGGACUCUGGAAAUAUUGAGCAACCUUGUGGAUUAUGUCAAGAUACAGUGGAAGAUCCAGUAAUUACUUCUUGCAACCAUGCCUUUUGCAAGACGUGUUUGAUAGACUUCGCUGCAAGUGUGGGACAAUUGUCAUGCCCUCUGUGUUCUGAACUACUUUCAGUUGACUUAAGUGCAAAUAAUGAUAAGGCGGAUCAGAAUUCUAAACCGACUCUCAAAAG